AAUUGAUCGGUUGCUCCGUUCAUCCACUCUCCCAGCCGCCCCCGUUUCAUCAAAUUGGCGUGACCUAUAGCUGCUGACAUCAUGAAGGAGCGCGGAGCAAAGAGGGUUCCCCACCCCGGAGGAUAUAAAUACAGGCAGAGGGAACACCGGCUGCAGUGAGUUUACUCCGAGCCUGUCAUCCUCUCAUCCUCCCUGCUGGGCACCAGACACCAGGACCUCUGACACAAUGAAAGUUUUGAGGACCAUCACAUUAACUUAUGUCCUCACCCUUUUACUACUGGCGACAUUUAUCUCACAGUCGUGGAGUGCACCGAAGGGCUCUUUUCAACGGAGAAAUUGGACUCCGCAGGCUAUGUUGUACCUCAAGGGCACACAGGGACGCAGGUUCAUCUCAGAGGACCGAAAAGAAGGAGAUGUCUAUGACACAUUACACUUAGAGACCCGCAGUCAGAACACAGAGAAGCUGAGUGUGGACCAGGCAGCCACUGUCCUGCUCAACUUCCUGCAGCAGGCCAGAGAGGGAGCUGAUGAAAACCCAGAUGAGGUGUAUUUCCAGGAGCUGCCAGUGUGGAAGAGAGAAUUCUUCUGAUAGUCUUUCAUACAUUUGUAAAGCUGCUAGAAAACAUCAUCUUUGUCUUUGAAUGUCAGUUGUUCUGUCCAGUGUGAGGGAGAACAGCCUUUUGUAAAUAUGUAUUCUCUGACUGUUUGAAAUGUGAUGUUUUAAUAAAAACAGAUUG